AAUGAUGACCGUCGAACUCCUGGUAAGCUCUGUUGUGCCUCGCCUGCUUGGGUGUUCAUUGUUGACUGCUCACUUUUUCCAAGGAUCGCCUUCGUGCAAGGCGACAGCACCUCUUGCCGUUGACAACCGUGCAGUCUCUCAUCAGCCUCUUCCAUGAUCGAGUCGAUAAUAGACAAAUUAUCGAAUGGCUUCGGUGGGGCGAGUCUUGGAUGCCGAGAACACUGAUCGCUAGGGUAGCUCCUCCAUUGUCUUCCAUCGAAGACGAGGAAAAUGAGGACGAAGUUCUUCCUGCCCCAAAACAGUCGCUGUUGGAAUUUGCAAAUUCGCCGCAUGCGACAAGUACAGGCAAAAGACGAGCUGCGACAUUGGCCAUCAACAGAACGAACGAUCACUGCAUCUCCUCUACUUGCAAUAGUAUCGACAAACCACAGGAAUCAAGCCAAUAUUGGGCAGGUGAUGACGGAGAAGACGAGGUACUAGAGAGCGAUGAAGAUGAUCGUGAUCGUGAUCGUGAUCGUGAUGAGGAAUACAUUGAGGACGAGAAAUACGAUGAGGCUGUAGAAAACCCUCCUGAUAUUCAUCUUGCGCCUUCGAUCCUUGCUGUUGGAGACCCUCCUCGUCGUCUGACACGUUCGGCUGCGAAAUUACAACAACUAUUGCAAGCUACUACUCUCCCUGCUGCGGCUAGUAGAGAAAAGUCUCAUGUGCCAUGUGAGCGCCCUACUAAACGUGUUCGAAUGGAUUCUCCAUCUAAGCGAUCGGUCCGCAAAGGCCAGUCGAUCCGUGCUCUCAUGGAGAGGUACAGGCUUUGUGAACCUCGAAAAGUCCGCUUUAAGUGCAAACCAUGUCGAGUAGCACAACGGACUAAGCCUUGCCUAACGGUGGUACGAGGUGCGACACUGCUGGAUUGCUGUGCACGGUGUGUCAUUGACCACAGCAAAUGCAACUGGAGCCAUGGGGAGCGCACAAAGAAUCUUGUUUAUCGCAUGAAUCCUUGUUCGUUCUAUGAGCCACCUGAUACCAAUGCUUCAUCGCAGGGGCCUGCCACGUCCUCUGAUUCUGCUCCUCCUGCUUUCUCCCACUCUGGUUCUGGCUAUAUCCCACCUACUAGUGGUCCACGUCGUCCUUUGCCUGGGCCUAAGUUAACGAGGGCGAAGCAAGCCAACGAUUUGCACCCUCCUGCACCUCCUUUCUCUCGACCGCAUUUUGGGAACAGCCCUUCUCCUUUUCCUAUCAGCCCGUCUCCUAUCGCUACUACUGAAACACGGGAAUCUAGUGAAGCUGGUAGUGCUGCUCAGUUCUUUGAUGAAGUUACUGAGAUGCCACCCGCCCACUCCUAUAUGGAUGCUGAGGCGCAAGUCCCUUCUCCACAUCCUGAGGACGAUGUCCUUUAUCGUACUUAUGCCAAUCACGAUUUUGCUUCCCUUGGCUUACCUCCCGAGCUCGCCAGCGUCAACUUGCGAGCAAUAGAGGAUGCGCUAUCCCCUAUGCUUACCCCACCCGCCUUCUCUAAACGGAUAUUUCUCAACACAUCUGGUGACCUCCCUGCGAUUGCGACGUUGCCACGCUUGCCUAGCACAAUCGCUGUCAGGCUUAGUGAAGUACAAUUAAUGGAUCGAUCCCGUCAAUAUUUCAACCGCUUACUUAUUAACUGGGCAAAUCUGAGCACGGUGGCUACGGAUCUACGCACCACUGCGCACAACUUCGAAGCUGUUCGCAGGCGCUGGUACGAGUUGCAGGUUGCCAAGGUUCAGAAUCGGGGGUCUGGGGAGGGUGUUACAAAGCCAGGGGUUGAAGAAAGGAACACCCGUGUUCGCAAUCACUCAUAGACUAUGUUCCAUUGAACCAUGGUUUCAUGUUCUGCAUAAGUUUGAGGCACGAAAACGUACGUAGGAGACAAUAUCUACAGUGUCUAAAUCUUUUCAUGACUCCGAGUCAUAUUUCUUCCUUCCUAUCACAUUUUGCAAGGUCAAUUCUCCUCGACUACACUCUUGUUUCGUCGUACCCACUCUGAGUCAUUGCCCUUAUUC